AGCACGCGCACUGCUCCGGGCGUCCUGAACAACGGACCUGGACGUGGACGGCCCGGCCGGUGCACCUUGUCGCUAGUCGCUACCCAAGCCCAAUUGCCCAUCCCGCGCGUUCAACCACCACCACGCCGCACCGCGCGUUCAGGUUCAGGAUUGCUGCCUUGUCUUCUUCCCCGGUCCGCAAGAGGGGAAAGAGAAGUUGAGGUCUGCCAGCAGGCCUACCCUGCUCUGUAAAACUCAUCUAAAUCUGAUGUACUGCCACCUGCAUGUUCAUGGCUAGAUCCGGCAGCAUAUAGCGGCAGGGUGAGAUAUUUCUAGCUACUGCAGUGUGCAGCGCGGGAACGUAGGACGGACGGAGCAGGGGUCCCGUCGUCAUCUCACUUCGUCCCUGUCGCGCUUAAUGCUGCCAUUAAACUGACUGCUUGCAGCUCAUCCGUGCUGGCGAGCUCCACUAAUAAAUGCGUGCGUAUCUGUGUGCAUCGCGGCAGCCGGCAGGGAAGGGCUGGACAGGAUUGCGCGUCUGCGCUUCAGUCUCCAGUUCCCGGUGACGACGCCCACUAGUCUCUACUAGAUAGGCAGCGCCGGCUGCUGCUGCUGCCGCCGCCGAUCAGGGCUUUCGCCUGCCGCCCGCAUGGCUCCGGCGUCCGAGACGGAGCUGCAAGCACCACCACCACCACCGGCGUCGGCUAAGGAGAUCAAGUCGCCGGAGGUGCUGCCGGAGCCAGGCUCGCUGUCAGCGCUGCAGCGCAAGAAGCUGGGUGCGCACUUCAUGGAGAGCGACGAGCGCCGCGUCUCCCGCGCCAGGACACCUCUCGGCGCCGCCUAUGAACCGCCCUCCGCCGCCGCUGGCGGCGGCGGCACCACGCCGGUCAACAUCCGCGGCGAGCCCAUCCAGGACCUGUCGAGGACCGGGGGGUGGGUGGCCGCCUUCUUCAUCUUCGGCAACGAGAUGGCGGAGCGCAUGGCCUACUUCGGGCUCUCCGUCAACAUGGUCAUCUUCAUGUUCAAGGUGAUGCACCGCCCGUUCGCCAGCUCCGCCAACGCCGUCAACAACUUCCUCGGCAUCUCCCAGGCGUCCUCCGUGCUGGGUGGCUUCCUCGCCGACGCCUACCUGGGGCGCUACUGGACCAUCGCCAUCUUCACCACCAUGUACCUGCUGGGGCUCAUCGCGCUCACCGUGAGCGCCAGCGUGCCGGCGCUCGUGCCGCCGCAGGAGGGCUGCGACAAGCUCGCCAUGCUGCUGGGCGCCUGCGCGCCCGCCGCGCCCUGGCAGAUGGCCUACCUCCAGACGGCGCUCUACGUGACGGCGUUGGGCGCGGCGGGGAUCCGGCCCUGCGUCUCCUCCUUCGGCGCCGACCAGUUCGACGAGCGCAGCCCCGAGUACAAGCGCCGGCUCGACCGCUUCUUCAACCUCUUCUACCUCGCCGUCACGCUCGGCGCCAUCGCCGCCUUCACGGCCGUGGUCUACAUCCAGAUGCAGCACGGCUGGGCGGCGGCGUUCGGCACGCUGGCGCUGGCCAUGGGCACCUCCAACGCGCUCUUCUUCGUGGGCACGCCGCUGUACCGCCACCGGCUGCCGGGGGGCAGCCCGCUCACGCGGGUGGCGCAGGUGCUCGUCGCCGCCUUCAGGAAGCGGGACGCGGCCUUCGACAGCGGCGACUUCGUCGGCCUGUACGAGGUCGCCGGCGCCAAGUCCGCCAUCCGUGGCAGCGCCAAGAUUGACCACACCGACGACUUCAGAUGGCUUGACAAGGCCGCGCUGCAGCUGGAGGGUGACCUCGCCGGCGGCGAGGACGAGGAGGCGGUGAACCCGUGGCGUCUGUGCACGGUGACGCAGGUGGAGGAGGUGAAGAUCCUGCUGCGGCUGCUGCCGGUGCCGGCGUGCACGGUGAUGCUGAGCGUGGUCCUCACCGAGUUCCUCACGCUGUCGGUGCAGCAGGCCUACACGCUGAACACCCGCGUGGCGGCGCUGCACCUGCCCGUGACGUGCAUGCCGGUGUUCCCCUGCCUGGCCAUCUUCCUCAUCCUGGCGCUCUACUACCAGACCUUCGCCCCGCUGGCGCGCCGCCUGACGGGCCACCCACACGGCGCCUCCCAGCUGCAGCGCGUCGGGCUGGGCCUCUUCUUCUCCAUCCUGUCCGUGGCCUGGGCGGGGCUCUUCGAGCGGUACCGCCGCGGGUACGCCGUCCGCCACGGAUACCUCGGCCUCUUCCUCACGCCCAUGCCGGACCUCAGCGCCUACUGGCUGCUCAUCCAGUACUGCCUCAUCGGCGUGGCCGAGGUGUUCUGCCUCGUCGCGCUCCUGGAGUUCCUGUACCAGGAGGCGCCCGACGCGAUGCGCAGCGUCGGGUCCGCGUACGCCGCCGUCGCCGGCGGGCUCGGCUGCUUCGUGGCGUCGGCGAUCAACACCGCGGUGGACGCCGCGACGCGGGACGAUGAGGAGGGGCGGCCGUCGUGGCUGGCGCAGAACAUCAACGUGGGCAGGUUCGACUACCUGUACUGGCUGCUCGCCGUGCUCAGCACCGUCAACCUGCUCAUUUUCGUCUUCUUUGCCAAGCGGUACAAGUACAGGGUCAGGGUCGACGUGCCGACCACAGUUGCUGUUGAUAAGCAGUAGCUAGCCGCUAGCGCCAUUACAAGGAUUUGAGUUUGGAUGUGCUGUAACUAUUGAUUACUGGGAAUACCAUAAAACAUAGAUCUUGUACCGUCGCGGCAAUAGAAUAGACCAGCCGGAACUGGUGCCUGGUGGAGUGGGAGCUUCAGCCUUGGGCCUCCAUCUGGAGAUCAAGUAUCCGGUGACUGCUGUCAGCUCAGGAGCGUGAUAG